AGCUGACCUCUUUCUCAAUUCCUUGGGCCUCCGUACGACUCCGCUUGGGGGGCUUUCUUCUUGGUCUCCUUCCUUCGGCUGGACAAGGCACCUGUGGCCGCGGCCGCGCUGCUGGCCUUGACUUUACUCUCGAUUCGUGGGCAUGGCGGCUUCGCCGGCUUGUGCUCCGGUCCUCGUCUCCGGCCCCACGCUCCCUCCGCAGCCCGUUCCCUUCCGCUGCUACCGGGCCCAAAAGCCUUCCUCCGCGUCGUCCACCUCCUGGCGCCCGCGCCGCAGGCGGUUCGUUCUGGUUGCAGCUGCCUCCACCCGCACCUCCCCUGCGGCCGCUCGGGGCCUCGACGCCGACGACUUCCGCCACCCGCUCGACAAGCAGAACACUCUGCUGCUAAGAGCGAUUCCUGGGCUCAACGACAUCGGCAAAGCUUUGUUAGGACCCGUCUCGGAGCAAGUUAUGGUCCUCCAGAACAUUGGAACAUCAGUUCUCGUCUCCCCAAACCAGCUUCCAGAUCUCCACCAACUGCUGGCUGAGGCUGCAACGCUCUUGAACACGGAAGCUCCUGACUUGUACAUAAGGCAGAAUCCUGUUCCAAAUGCUUACACCUUAGCAAUCAAUGGCAAAAAACCAUUCAUUGUCGUUCACACAAGCCUUGUGGAGCUGCUUACUCCAAAGGAAUUGCAGGCUGUUUUGGCUCAUGAGCUGGGUCACCUCAAGUGCGAUCAUGGUGUAUGGCUCACUUUCGCCAAUAUACUCACAAUGGGAGCAUACACUGUCCCUGGUUUUGGCAUGGUUGCUGGCUUCCUGGAAGAGCAGCUAUACAGGUGGCUACGUGCUGCAGAGCUGACUUGUGACAGGGCAGCUCUUCUUGUGGUGCAAGACCCAAAGGUUGUCAUCUCUGUUCUGAUGAAAUUGGCCGGAGGAUGCCCAUCUCUUGCCGACCAGUUAAACGUGGAUGCCUUCUUGGAGCAAGCUCGUUCCUACGACAAAGCUGCAUCAAACCCAGUUGGGUGGUACAUCCGGAAUGCACAAACCAGAGAGCUUUCACACCCUUUGCCUGUGAUGCGAGCCCGAGAGAUCGAUGAGUGGUCAAGAAGCCAGGAGUACAAGACCACAAUGCAAAAAAUGCUUCAGCUGGGGCUAAAUAGGGUAUACAAGCUAUGGCUAGUAAUUGAGGUUGGCAAGAAAAUCAGAUUUGAUUCCCAAACAGAUUUUGGCCUCACGUUAUUACUCUUUAAGAGGUGGACAAAAAAGAUUGAGCCUGGCUUGAAUUGGCCUAAUUCUGGUGUAUUUUGGCUCACAUUUGGAUGCAUUUCGUCUUGCGCAUACGACAUACGAGCAGAGAGGUUGUGGCUGGACCAACCGACUGACCGGCGGUCCCCGCCUCCUCCACCCGGGGAGCAGCUGCUUGCAUCCACUGGCACUGCAUUCCGCAGAGGAGGGAAGGAGGGCCAGAGCCCAAAAGGCGGAAAGUCGAUCAACACCUACACGCACGAUAAAGAUGAGGAUGGGCGGAUGGCAUUGGCAUCGCCAUUGCCGCCGGUGUCAGGUAGGAUGAGCUUCCUCGCUCCGCCGCCGUUCAAGGCAGCCGCGGGCGUUCCGGCGGCCGGAAUCAGCAUCCCGUGGUGGCCGCGGCAGCGAUUGGAUGGUCGCCGUUUGCGAUCAGCCCCAGCAAGCCUUCCUCGACUAGCAUCAGUGCGAAGCGUGGUGCUGGACAUCGAAGGCACGACGAGCCCCAUCUCGUUCGUGACGGACGUGCUCUUCCCCUACGCCCGCGACAACGUCCGCAACCACCUGGACGCCACCUACGGCACCGAUGAGACCAAGGACGACAUCGCCCUGCUGCGCGCUCAGGUCGAGCAAGACCUAGCCGAGGGCGUCGCCGGCGCCGUCCCGGUUCCGCCGGACGAGGCCGGCAAGGACAGCGUCAUCGACGCUCUGGUCGCCAACGUGGAGGCCAUGAUCAAGGCCGAUAGGAAAAUAACCUCACUGAAGCAAUUGCAGGGCCACAUCUGGAGGACUGGGUUCGAGGGCCAAGAAAUCAAGGGAGUGGUGUUCGAUGACGUGCCACCGGCUCUCGAGAAGUGGCACGACAGUGGCAUCAAGACGUACAUAUAUUCCAGUGGUAGCAGAGAAGCCCAGAGGCUUAUUUUCGGGAACACUACCUACGGCGACCUUAGAAAGCACCUGUGUGGAUUUUUUGACACAACAAUUGGAACCAAGAGAGAAGCUCGCAGCUACUACGAGAUCUGGCAGUCGGUCGGGGUAGAUCGGCCGUCUCAGAUAUUGUUCUUAACAGAUGUGUAUCAAGAAGCAACGGCUGCACAGGCCGCAGGCCUUGAGGUACUAAUAUCUAUCAGACCUGGAAAUGCGCCACUCCCUGAAAACCAUAGGUUUGAGACAAUCACGUCAUUUGCGGAAAUCUUGACAUGAACUGGUGCAUCUUCGACAUGUCAUAUGCAGAAAUUGUUAUUUCUAGAUGGGAACAGACUAAUUUCAAAAUUGAUAUAUGUAAACUUAGCGCAGUUAACAAUAUAGCAAGUUAAUGGCAGACGGAAUGGUUUCAAGACCUUUGAUUGUGACUUGGUAUGAACAAAAACAGAAAAUACAUAGAUAUUUCUUAUUACACCAAA